AUGGAGGAAUGUAAAGCAAAAACAAUAUAUUUUGUUCCACGAGAAGAUAUAAGUUUGGGGUCGUUUCGGUUUAAAGAGACCGGAUAUAGACUUAUAGAGCGAUUGUCAGAGAAGAAGAGAACAACAUUCGAAAACAGAGCUAGCAUUGUUUCGUCAUCACACGUAAUAGUGAAUAUGACAUCCGGCAAAAUAGGUCGGACGUACAUUGUACAACAAGUAUGCAGGUUGAAAGGAAUGAAUAAAGCCGAAUAUUUAGAGCGCUUGACGCAUUUAGGACUUUUAUGAAUAAGCAUAGUUAGGGAAUCUAGGUUGAAUAAAGGCUGCAAAGGGACAGCGCUUGUUGUAAGACCGUAAGGAUAUCCUAUCGCCUUUAGUAGUUCUACCGACAGCAAUAUACAGCAUUAAAAUCAAGAUGGAUUUAGGAGUUAUACUUCUUGCAACGUGUAUGUUAGGAAACUUUCUCUUGGUUGUUGGUAGCUCUGCCCCGCGAGCAGUCGUUGAAACUUUGCUUACAGACAUCGAGACAGCUGUUCCAAUCUACAAACAUAUCGGUUCCAUAUGGGAGCCUGUAUCUCCAAAGGAAGACUUCUAUAUACUCGGUCAAGCAGUGAGAACGACUGUCCUUAGACCGCCUAAAGAUUUCCAACUGAUUGUGGGAAGGUCGGUGAAUAGAAGCUUAGCCGAACCUCUAGACUUCGACCACCCAUGGACGAUUACACCAGGAAAACUAAUAGUAUGGAGAAUGAAUUGUCCGUUCGGAUAUGUCAGCCUCGGUGACAUUGCGAGCAAAUCAAGAAAACCAGAUGUAACGAAAUACAGAUGCGUUAUAAAAGAUGCGACUGUUCCAGCUAUUCGGGGAUUAGUUGUACACUCGGAUCCCAACGGAGAUCACGUGAUGAGAUAUGUAGGACUAACCGCUGGGUGGCGCAGCCCGUUUUUUCUCAUCGAGUAUCUAACGUCACAUAUACAAACUGGCUUCUAUUCAUUGAGGGAAUUAUACACAGCACCUACACCGAUGCCCGGGGAGGAAACAACAAUCAAGACAGAGACAACGACGGUUGAAACCAGCACGCAAGUUAAAGGGAAUAAAACUAAGAACCAGAACACCAACCUACAAUCAAAUCCCCCAACCACAACUAUUCUAAUCAUAUUCGGUUGUUUGUUGGGGUUCGUGUUCAUUCUAUUUCUGACAUGGGUUGCUUAUUUUUGUGCAAGGAAACACAAAACAUGCGGUUACACCAAGGGAAAAGAAACUGGGGAUAUGGCGCUAUCUAGCGGCGACUCUGCAAGGGCUACUAACGGUACAGAAUAUUCAUACGCUGCCGAUUUGCACACAAGUGACCUGCAAGACGACGAUUACUCUACCAUACCACAAGUACCUAUGGCUAAUAACUUGGAGAUGCGGAGAAAUGUAUUGUACGAGCCAAGCACAGACUUUCACAUGGUUCCUAAUGUAAUAUACAACGGAAAUCGACCGCAGUUGGUUUUUGGACCAAGUAACAAUCCAAAUGAAACACUAAUGAACAAUCCACAAGAUAAUAUUUACGCAGUUGCCACGUAAGUUAUGAUGGCAGUUGCCACGUAAGUUAUGAUGGCAGUUGCCACGUAAAUUGUGAGGUAUAGUUACCACCAAUACCACGUAAACUAUAAUGGCGCUUGCCAUGUAAACUACGAUGCUAACAGUUGCCACGUAAACUUUGGUUAUAGUUGCCACGUAAACCAUGAUGGCAUAUCUAUGGCAUUACCACGUUAUGUUUACGCUCUUUUAAGAAGUUAGUUUACGUUGAUAUUAUGAGGUUACAAUUGAUUUAUUUUGUACGUUUUAUGUGUUGAGUAAAAAGAAAGAGACUGUUGAUUGCGAGUUUA